AUGUCAGAUGUAGUUGCUAGAAAUAAGCAAUAUGAGUACAAGGCUAACUCAAACUUGGUGAUACACUCAGAGAGGAACCCUAGGGAUCUUAAAGAACCAAAGGGCGAACCAGAGACUCUGUGGGGCAAGUUGGGCGGCAAGAUGGGCGACCGUGUAUCAUACUCGCGACCAACUGAACUACUCGAUAAACAUCAGCAACUAAAGAGAAAGAAUGUGGACAAGGAUGUGGUGAUGGAGACGGUCGUCCCCAAGAAGCUGAGACACGGCGCCGCCGAUGUACUCGCCGCCACCGAUGCCUACGAGGGCCUCUACAGGCCCAAGACCAGGGAGACCAGACUGAUCUACGAGCGAAUGAUAUCCUUUGUUCAGACAUUCGUGGGCGAUCAACCGUUGGAGAUCAUCAAGGGUGCCGUCGACGAGAUAUUGGCAAUUCUAAAGAAUGAUCACAUCAGAGCGCCCGAGAAGAAGACAGAGAUCUCAAAGCUGCUAAAGUCUAUGACCGAGGAGCAGUUUGCAGAGAUCACAAGCAUGGGACGCGCCAUAACAGACUACACCGACGCUUCGGCCUCGGGCAAGGCGGCAUUGGACUCGCUGGACGACUCACACGGCGUGGCCGUCGUCAUCGAUGAGGACGAGGAGGACGACGCCAACAUGGACAACUUUGAGAUCAGAGAGGAUGAGGACGAGGACGAGGAGAUCGUCGACGAGGACAGCAAACAGGCACUCGAACAGGAGCAGGCGGCAGCGGGCGAUCAGGACGAAGAGUCGAUCAAGUCGAAUCUCGUGGACCAGUCGACGACGGGCGGCAACGGUGUCCAGAAGGACGCGCUGAACCCGCUGGACAUCGACGCCUUUUGGAUACAGAGGAAGAUUUCGGGCUUUGAGUCCGACCCACUGCAGUCCCAGCGAUUGGCCGAGCAGGUGGUUAACAUCCUGCAACAGAGCGAUAUAAGGCGCUGCGAGAACGACCUCGUCGGCCUCUUUGACUUUGCGCGCUUUGACUUUAUCAAGCUGCUGCUGCACAACAGACAGACCGUGCUGUAUUGUACAUUAUUGGCCAAGGCCGAGAACGAUCAAGAACGCAGGCGACUCGAAGACGAGAUGACAAAGGAUCCCGAACUGUACAGAUUGCUCAACAGGCUAAAGGGAACAGCAGGCGAUCAGGCCAGCAACGGCACAGGCACCAACAAGCAACAGAAGAAGGCUGGUGGCGCCGCAGCUGCAGCGGCCGCGGCCGCCAAGGCCUCAGCGAUCAAGACACCCAAGCGCAACCUCGACCUGGACAACCUCACCUUCCACCAGGGCAACCGAUUGAUGACCAACAAGAAGUUCCACUUCCCCGCAGGAUCAAAGCGCGAGACCUACAAGGGCUACGAGGAGAUACACAUCCCCGCCCGCGAGAACCCGCCAAUUGGCGAGAACGAGCGCAGGGUGGCGGUCAGCGAGAUGCCCGAGUGGGCACAGGCACCCUUUGCCAACUUCAACGUGGCGCACCUCAACCGUAUCCAAUCGUGCCUCUACGAGUUUGCGUUCAAGAGCAACGACAAUCUGUUGCUGUCAGCGCCCACUUCGGCUGGAAAGACCAACGUGGCCAUGCUGACCAUCCUGCAUGAGAUUGGCAAGCACAUGCACGACGGCGUCAUCGACUUGGACGCCUUCAAGAUCGUGUACAUUGCGCCAAUGAAGUCGCUGGUGCAGGAGAUGGUGGCCAACUUCUCUCGUCGUCUGGCGUCGUACGGCAUCACCGUCAAGGAGCUCACUGGAGACCAAUCACUCACCAACAAACAGAUAUCCGAGACUCAGAUCAUCGUCACCACUCCCGAGAAGUGGGACAUUAUCACAAGAAAGUCUGGCGAGCGCGCCUACACACAGCUCGUGCGACUAGUCAUCAUUGAUGAGAUUCACUUGCUACACGACGAAAGAGGUCCAGUGUUGGAGUGCAUCGUUGCAAGAACACUUAGGACGAUUGAGUCCACACAGGAGAUGGUGCGACUGGUUGGUCUGUCUGCUACAUUGCCAAACUAUGAGGAUGUAGCCACAUUCCUGCGAGUGAAGCCAGAGGGCGUGUUCUACUUUGACUCUAGCUACCGUCCCAUCCCCUUGGAGCAACAGUACAUUGGUAUCUCUGAUCGUGGAAUCAAGCAGCUGCAGCUUAUGAACGACAUCACAUUCAAGAAGGUGGCAGAGCGCGCUGGCAAGCAUCAGAUGCUGAUCUUUGUCCACUCACGUCGCGAGACUGGCAAGACUGGUCGCGACAUCCGCGAUCGUGCCAUCGAGGCCGACGUCAUUGGUCAGCUGCUCAAGAGUCGUGCCUCAGUUGAGGUGCUGAAGGAGGCCGCCGAGAAGUCGGUCAAGAGCGCCGAGUUGAAGGAGCUGCUGCCCUACGGCAUCGGAAUCCAUCAUGCCGGUCUGGCAAGGACCGACCGUAUCCUGGUCGAGGAGCUGUUUGAGGACCAGCGUAUUCAGAUCUUGAUUUCAACCGCCACACUGGCAUGGGGAGUCAACCUGCCCGCGCACACUGUCAUCAUUAAGGGCACGCAGGUGUACAACCCCGAGAAGGGCUGGACCGAGCUCAGUCCACUGGACGUCACACAGAUGUUGGGUCGUGCUGGUCGUCCACCAUUCGACAAGGACGGUGAGGGUAUCAUCGUCACCAGCCAGAACGAGAUGCAGUUCUACCUGUCGCUGGUCAACACACAGCUGUCCAUUGAGAGUCAGUUCAUCAGCCGUUUGGCAGACAACCUCAACGCCGAGAUCGUGCUUGGCUCGAUCCAGAACGUACGCGACGCCGUUCAAUGGCUCGGUUACACCUACCUCUACAUCUGCAUGCUGAGGAACCCACCCCUCUACGAGAUCAGCUACGACGAGAUUGAAGCUGACCCCGAACUGGAGCAACGCCGCAUGGACCUGGUCCACGCGGCCGCCAUCCAGCUGGACAAGAACAAUCUAAUCAAGUACGAUCGCAAGUCGGGCCACUUCCAGACCACCGACCUGGGAAAGGUUGCAAGCCACUACUACAUCACCAACGCCUCGAUGUCAGUCUAUCACGAGCAUCUCAAGCCAACAAUGAGCGACAUUGAGUUCUUCAAGCUGUUCUCGCUAUCAUCCGAGUUCAAGAGCGUCGUGGUCAGAGACGGCGAGAAGCCCGAGCUGGAGAAGCUGCUGGAGCGUGUUCCUAUCCCUAUCAAGGAAACGAUCGACGAGCCCGCGGCCAAGAUCAACGUGUUGCUGCAGGCCUACAUCUCAUGUCUGAAGCUUGAGGGCUUUGCCCUGAUCGUGGACAUGUUCUACAUUGCCCAGAGCGCAGCGCGUAUCUGCCGUGCUCUCUUUGAGAUCGUACUCAAGAAGGGCUGGGCCCAGCUGGCAAAGAAGAUCCUGUCCGUCUGCAAGAUGGUCGAGCGCAAGAUGUGGUCAUCGCAGUCGCCCCUGCGCCAGUUCAAGGAGAUCACACCCAAGAUUCUCAACCAGCUGGAGCGUCGUAGCAUCCCCGUCGAGGACCUGUACGAGUACAACUCGCAACAGCUCGGCAGCGCAAUCCAGAACCCCAACGAAGGCAAGAAGCUCUACAAGCUCAUCCAUACGCUGCCCAAGGUCGACCUGACCGCGCACGUGCAGCCCAUCCUACAUGGCCUUCUGCGAGUGGACCUCACAUUGACGCCUGACUUUGAGUUUGACGAGAAGUACCACGACAACUCUGUUGGCUGGUGGAUCAUUGUUGAGGACGUCGAUGGCGAGAAGAUCCUCUACUACGAGUACUUCCUGCUCAAGAAGCGUAUGAUGGAGGACGAGCAGACCAUCACGUUCACGGUCCCAUUGACCGACCCACUUCCUCCACAGUACUACGUGCGUGUGCUGGCCGAUCGCUGGAUUGGUGCCGAGUACAACCUCUCAGUCAGCUUCCGCCACCUGAUCCUGCCCGAGAAGUACCAGCCAUGCACCAAGCUGCACGACCUGAUACCCUUGUCGCUGGACUCACUCAAGGACCCCAAGGCAGCCGAGAUCUUUGCGCCCGCAUUCAAGUACUUCAACGCUAUCCAGACACAGGUGUUUGAUUGCAUAUACAAGAGCGACGACAAUGCCUUCAUUGGCGCGCCCACCAACUCUGGCAAGACAGUGUGUGCCGAGCUGGCAGUUAUUCGCGAGCUCAAGAAGAACCCCAACGCCAAGAUCGUCUACAUCGCGCCAAUCCAAGAGCUGGCCUCAUUGCGUCUGCGCGACUGGACCUUCAAGUUCAACCGUAUACUAGGCAAGAGUGUUGUGGAGCUGACUGGCGAGCCAUUGACCGACAACAAGCUGCUGGAGCAGUCCAACAUCGUGGUCACCACGGCCGAGAAGUGGGACAUUCUGUCGCGAAGAUGGAAGCAGAGAAAGUCCGUCCAGUCCGUGGCAUUGUUCAUCGUGGACGAGCUCCACAUGAUUGGUGGCGGCGCCGAGGGUUCCAUCAUGGAGAUCGUCGUGUCCAGGAUGCGCUACAUCGCCAUCCAGACCGGCAAACCAAUCCGUAUCGUUGCUCUGUCGUCGCCUGUGGCCAACGCACGCGACCUGGCCGAGUGGAUCGGCGCCACCCCCAGCACAAUGUUCAACUUGCAUCCGGAUGUGCGUCCUGUGCCCCUGCAGAUUCAGAUCCAGGGCUUCGACUUCCCACAUUACAACGCGCGCAUCCUCGCCAUGACCAAGCCAACAAUCUACGCCGUCAGCCACAACAAGGCUGGCCAGUCACUGGUGUUUGUGCCAUCGCGCAAGAUCGCAAGAUCUCUCGUCAAGGACAUCAUCGUGCACGUCGACUCGGAAGAGGACACGACCAAGAAGCGCUACCUCAGAUGUGCCGAGUCCGACCUUGAUCUCAAGAACAUUGAAAGUGUCGCACUCAAGCAGUCUCUGCAGUGGGGCGUUGGAUUCUACCACGAGGGCCUCACGGCGCUCGAGAAGAGGACCGUCGAGAAGCUGUUCCAGUCGGGUGCCAUACAGGUGCUGGUGGCCACACAUUCAGUGUGCUGGUCGCUGGAUGUCUACUCGAGCCUUGUUAUAAUCAUGGGCACUCAGCUGUACCAGGGCAAGACUACUCGCUACGUCGACUAUGCCAUCAACGACGUGCUGCAGAUGAUUGGCCGCGCAGGCAAGCAGGGCAUCGACGAUGUUGGCAAGUGUCUGCUGCUGUGUCACAGUCCCAAGAAGGAGUACUACAAGAUGUUCCUGAACCAGCCACUGCCGGUCGAGUCGCAUUUGGACCACUUCCUGGCUGACCACUUCAACUCGGAGAUUGUCACCAAGACCAUCAGCAAGAAGCAGGACGCGCUCGACUACCUCACCUGGACAUUCCUCUACCGUCGUUUCACUCAGAACCCCAACUACUACAACCUGACUGGCAUCUCCCAUUUGCAUCUCUCUGAGCACAUGUCUGAACUGGUGGAGAACACCAUCACAGACCUGGAGCAGGCCAACUGUGUCAUGGUCAAGGAGGACCAGGACUCGCUUGCACCACUCAAUCUGGGCAUUAUCGCCAGUUACUACUACCUCAAGUACACAACGAUCGAGCUGUUCGCCUCGUCGCUCAAGGCCACCACCAAGCGCAAGGGUAUCCUGGAGAUCCUGUCAAUGGCGCCCGAGUUUGCCGCCAUCCCAAUCAGACAUCGCGAGGACCAGAUGCUCCAGAAGAUGGCGCAUCACCUGCCGCUCAAGAUUGAGAAGCCCUCGUUUGACGAUCCACACACCAAAGUCAACGUGCUGCUGCAGUGCCACUUCUCGCGCCGACCAAUCUCGGCCGACAUGCACCUCGACCAACAGAUGGUACUGGAGAACGCCACCCGUCUACUCCAGGCGAUUGUAGAUAUUAUCAGUAGCUCGCAGUGGCUCAACCCGGCGCUGGCCGCCAUGGAGCUGAGUCAGAUGUGCACACAGGCUGUCUGGGACAACGACUCGGUGCUUAAGCAGUUGCCGCACAUGUCGUCCGAGCGUCUGGACGCCUGCAAGAAGGCUGGCGUCGAGUCGGUCUUUGACCUGAUGGGUCUGGAGGACAAGUCCAGGAACCACCUUCUCAACAUGUCGCAGAAGGAGCUGGAGGACGUUGCUCGCGUCUGCUACACAUAUCCCGACAUUGAGAUCUCGUACAAUGUUCAGGAAGAGGGCGAUCUGCAUGCCGGAGGCAGCGUGGCCGUCGAGGUGAUGGUGCAGCGCGAGAUCGAUGAGGACAAUGCCAACCCCGAGACACUCAACGUUGUGUACGCGCCAUACUAUCCCAAGAAGAAGAUGGGUGGCUGGUGGGUGAUUGUCGGCGAUCCCAAGACCAACCAACUCUACAGCAUCAAGCGUCUGACCUUCACGUCCAGCGCCAAGGCCAAGCUGGAGUUCCCCUCGCCGCCCGUUGGCAAGCAUCAAGUGACCCUCUACCUCAUGUCAGACUCGUACACAGGUUGCGAUCAAGAGUAUGAGAUUGAACUGGACAUCAAGCCAGCAUUAGUGGAUUCCGAUGAAGAGAUGGAAGAUGAGGAAGAUGGAGUUGAACAAUAA